GUGGGCACUUGUUCUUUCGUCUAAAACUUCUAUACGAGUUUAAAUCGAUGUGGUUAUAAGAAAUAUGAAAGGAAAAUGUUCCCUAACUAUAUUUUUUACUUUAAUUUAUUAUCAUUAUUCGUUUUCAAUACACAAGAAACACGAUCAAAUUAUUGCUGAAAGUGAAGCUGUGCUAGAUCCUAAGGGCGAACUUACCCUGAAAUGGCGAGUCAAUUACAAUGAUCGAAAAAUCAGAUUCUCUUUAAAUUUUAACGAAAAAGCACCAUCUAUAAAUUGGUUUGCUAUGGGAUUUUCUGAUAGAGGUGAUUUGGAAAAUUCCGACGUGUGUCUGGUUUGGACAGACUAUACUGGUCUAGAUCACUUUGAGGAUAUGCAUGGAGAUAAAAAUGGAAAAUUAAUACGGGAUAAUCAUCAAAACUGCGAAGACUUCCACGUUGAUAGGAAAACUCAAAGUAUUGUUUUUGAGCGCCAUUUUGAUACGUGCGACAAAGAGGAUUAUAUUAUAGAGGAUGGUACAGUCCACGUAAUCUGGGCACGUGGGAAGGACAAACUGUUUUCAUCCAAGGGCCUUUGCAUAUCCUGUACAUCUACCCACGAUCACGGCUUCAUACGCGUUCGUCUGCUUACAACACCAUCUGCACUGCAACCGUCCGCGCACGAGCUACGUAUCACAAACAAGGAACUAAAGGUUCCAGGAAGUGAUACAACGUAUUGGUGUAAGGUUUUCAAACUUCCCGCUUUUGUUACUGAGAGCGUUCAUCAUAUUGUUAAGUUUGAAUCUACAAUAACGAGAGGUAAUGAGGGGUUGGUACAUCACAUGGAAGUAUUUUAUUGCGAUGACGAUCCCAAUAAAGAAAUGCCAAUGUUUGAAGGAAAUUGCUUUUCGCCAAAACGGCCGGAGUUAACCAAAGUCUGUUCAAAGGUCAAAGCUGCUUGGGCAAUGGGUGCGCCACCAUUUAUUUACCCACAAGAGGCUGGAUUACCACUUGGAGGACCAAAAGCUAACAAAUAUGUUAUGCUCGAGGUCCACUACAAUAAUCCUGACCUACGAAAUGAUUGGGUGGACAGUUCGGGCAUUAUUCUCCAUAUAACUGCAAAAAGACGUAAAUACGACGCCGCGAUCAUGGAACUGGGAUUGGAAUACACAGAUAAGAUGGCGAUUCCAGGAGGGCAGAAAGCCUUCUCGUUGACUGGAUAUUGUAUACCGCAGUGCACCGGUGUGGGACUUCCCGCGGCGGGCAUCGUAGUGUUCGGUAGUCAGCUGCACACGCACCUGACAGGCGUGGCGGUGCGGACGCGACACGCGCGUGGUCCGCGCGAGCUGCCCAUGCUCAACGAGGACCUGCACUACUCCACGCACUUUCAGGAGAUACGCAUACUACAUCGGCCAGUUCGAAUACUGCCCGGUGACUUCUUAGAGACGACUUGCGUUUACAACACAAAGCACAAGGAGGAGGCUACGAUUGGUGGUCACGCGAUCACGGAUGAAAUGUGCGUCAACUACAUGCACUAUUAUCCGGCUACCGAGCUCGAGGUCUGCAAGAGCGCCGUUUCUAAUAAAGCGCUAGAAGAUUAUUUCAAAUUUGAAAAACGAUGGGACAACAUGUCCAUAUCGUUUAAGGCCGCUCCUCGCGCUAACUACCUCUCCAUUAAGCCAUGGACGCCUCUGCGAGCCAAAGCGCUACAUAUCCUGUAUACUGAGUCGCCAAUAUCUAUGCAAUGCAAUAAGUCCGACGGAAAUCGAUUCCAGGGAGACUGGGAAGGUAUCGAAAUACCUCAAAUUAAAGUGCCAUUACUCGAAGAACGCAGAUUUUGUCCGAAUAUGCACAAUGGUAUUUAAAUAACUUGCUGAAAUUUGAAAAUGUUAUAAAUCAUAAAUAAAAUAGUUUUAACAGUAUUUAAUGUAAACAUAUUUAACUACAUAUAAUGUAGUCAUAAAAUUGU